CCCGGAGGCUCCGGGACCGUGGCGGCGGGCGGCGGUGGUGGCGGCGGAGCAGCCCUCCGCGGGCCAUGUCUUCUCCGGCGGUGGCGAGGAGCUCGCCGGGAGGGAGUGGGGAGGUGGCCCCCAGGCCACAGAGCCGAGGCCGGUUUUGGGAAGUGGGCGGCGGCAGCGGCCACCGGCUGGAGCGCGCGGCCGCGGAGUCGGAGCGCUGGGAGCUGCUGCUCCGCCGCGGCGAGCUGCUGGCGCUGGGCGGCCACCUGAAGGGAGCGCUGGAGGCGUACGCGGCGGCGCUGCGCCGGGGGGCCCCGGUCAGGCCCGAGUGCCUCGGCACCCUGGUGGACUGCCUGGUGUUCAACUACCGGCUCCGCCACGGGCUGGGCUGGAGCGCCGCCCCAGCUGCGGGCCACGGCGGGCUCCUCAGCUGCCUGGGCUGCCGGGGAUUCCUGAGCGAGCCGGUGACCGUGCCCUGUGGCCACAGCUACUGCCGCCGCUGCCUGCGGAGAGAGCUCCGCGCCCGCUGCCGCCUGUGCCGGGACCGGCUGCCGCCCGCCGCCGCCAGUGCCACUGAUGCUGAGGGGACCGCCCCGCGUCCGCCGCCUCUAGCCGCCGCCAUCGCCGCCUCGGACUUCAGAACCAGCGUCGUGCUCAACCACCUGGCCGAGAAGUGGUUCCCGGGCCAGCGUGAGCGGGCUCGGGCGGCCGGGCGGCUCGGGGAGCUGCUGCACCAGGGGCGCUACCGGGAGGCCCUGGCCGCCGCCUGCGAGGCGCUGCGAGCAGGUGACCGCGCCGGGAUGCGGCGCGGGCCGGGUCGACCCCACCCUCCCCUCCCCGGCGGGCGGGGUACACAGAGCCUGGUCUACUACAGGAAAGGAAAAGUACUCCACGAUGCUGGUUUUUUAGGUGAUGCCUUACAACUCUUUCUUCAGUGCUUAGCCCUUGAUGAAGAUUUUGCACCUGCAAAGCUACAAGUAGAAAAGAUUUUAUGUGAUUUAUUAUCACCUGAAAACUUAAAAGAAGGCCUGAAGGAAUCCUCCUGGAGUUCAUUACCAUGUGUUAAAAACAAACCUUUUGGUUUUCCUUCAGUAAUGGAAGAGUCUCACUCUCCCAUUGAGCUUAGCCCAAAGCAGAGUGAAGAAAUACCAGAGGUCACUUCAGAGCCUGUCAAAGGAAGCUUAAACCGUGCUCAGUCAGCACAGUCUAUAAAUUCAACAGAAAUGCCUGCCACAGAGGAUUGGUUAAAAAGGGUGUCCUCAGAACCUUUACUGUCUGUUCGAGAAAAAGGUGUUCUGCUGAAAAGAAAGUUGUCUCUUUUAGAACAGGAUGUGAUUGUAAAUGAAGAUGGAAGAAAUAAGCUUAAAAAACAAGGAGAGACUCCCAGUGAAGUCUGUGUGUUUUCGUUAGCUUAUGGCGAUAUUCCAGAAGAAUUAAUAGAUGUCUCAGAUUUUGAGUGUUCUCUCUGCAUGAGUUUUAGUGUCAAUGAGCUGUCAGAUGGAAAUUGGCCUUUGUUGUGGGAGAUGGCAGGGGCUGGGCUGAUUGUGGCUCAUAGAGGGUCUGUGAUCAUAGCAGGCAACUGUUCUUAUCUAGCAGAUAGGAGGUACUGUGUCACACAGCUGUUGGAAGAAUUAAUAGUGAAGUAUCUGCCUGAUGAACUGUCUGAGAGAAAAAAAAUAUAUGAUGAAGAAACUGCUGAACUGUCACACUUGACCAAGAGCGUUCCAAUAUUUGUUUGCACUAUGGCCUAUCCCACUGUGCCUUGCCCUCUUCAUGUAUUUGAGCCAAGAUAUAGAUUGAUGAUUCGAAGAAGUAUACAAACCGGAACCAAACAGUUCGGGAUGUGUGUCAGUGAUACACAGAAUAGUUUUGCAGAUUAUGGUUGUAUGUUACAAAUUAGAAACGUACAUUUCUUACCCGAUGGAAGGUCUGUGGUUGAUACAGUUGGAGGAAAGCGGUUUAGGGUUUUAAAAAGAGGAAUGAAAGAUGGAUAUUGCACUGCAGACAUUGAAUAUCUGGAGGAUGUUAAGGUUGAGAAUGAAGGUGAGAUUAAGAAUCUCAGAGAACUCCAUGAUUUGGUAUACUCUCAAGCCUGCAGCUGGUUUCAGAACUUAAGAGACAGAUUUCGAAGCCAAAUUCUUCAGCACUUUGGAUCAAUGCCUGAGAGGGAGGAAAACCUACAGGCAACCCCUAAUGGACCUGCAUGGUGUUGGUGGCUUCUUGCAGUUCUUCCUGUAGACCCCCGAUACCAGCUGUCAGUUUUGUCUAUGAAGUCUUUGAAAGAACGAUUGACAAAGAUACAGCAUAUACUGACCUACUUUUCUAGAGACCAAUCUAAGUAACUGACUGCUUCGAUCUUCCUUGAAAGUUACCCUAAUCUGGCUGUGUUGAUGGCCAGAUUGUCCGCUGCCUUUGCACAUCCAGUGCUGGUUUCAGAAAUGUAAUGAAACUUUUUUUUUUUUCUUCAACCUCCUGAAUCAUAUGGUUCUGCAAAUGAAUACCUUCAACUAGGAUUUAGACCACUAAGAACUUGCACAGAAAAACAUGCACCGAAUGUGUGUUAAACCUCUACAUUGUGAUGAAGUUGCACUAUGUACCAUAUUCUAAAAUGAAAUGAGAACUCUGUGUAUGUCUGUGGAGUGUGUGUGUGUGUGCGCGUGUGUGUGUGGUGGGUGGUGGUGUGUGUGCAUUUUCUCUGGCUUUAAAAUUUUAAAAGAAAAAAAAAAAGCCAUAGAGAGCAGAACUUGCUGAGGGUCAUUUAUUGCCCAAGUUUACAACAGUAGCGAUACAAGUUUUUGCAAAUUGAAUUUGCCUCAGAUUUAUCUGUCCUAACGCUUACAUUUGCACAAGUAUGUAAAAUAUAGUAUUGAGUAUCAUUCUUUGUUGGAGAUACUGCUCUUGCUGAACUGUCUUGACCAUUGACUAUGACACAGUUUCCUAUUUAUGUAAAUACUUGCAUCCCAGUGGCCGACAGGCGUUGGAUGCAGAACCUAGAGCCAGUUUUCAGGAACAAUUGUAAACCUGACAUGGUACUGUGCAUCUAUUCAUAAAACACUUAAAACUGUGAAAAUAUGGUUUACAUUUAAUUGUACAUAAAGGUAAGUGGAGAACUCAAUUCAGUACCAGUUAGUCUGUACAGAUUGGGGGGCUUUUCACAUUAACUGCCCAUCUAUAUAAUUUAUAGUUUGACAUGAUGUGUUUGUUUAAAAAGAUGACAUAGUAUAAGCCCAUUAAGGAUCUGGGGGAAGAGAAGAUGUAGAACUAAGCUUUUAAAGUUUGCUUUGUUUUUUAAUUCUGGUCUUGGUGCAGAUGUUAGUUAUGCCUUAUUCAUAUCACAGUUAGAUCACCAUGCUGCGACAUGGUUUGUACUCAUGCUGCCCUAGAUACUUUUGUAAUUAUUUGUUGCAAACUUGUGACUGUCCCUAUUAACUUUCUUUUAUGUAAGUAAUUUGUAAAAGUUUCUUAAAAAUUUUGCUUUUGCUUAUUUAAUUUUGAAUAAAAGCUAAAUUCAUAAUA